AUGUAUACCCAAACAUGUACAAGACCAGACAUCAAUUUUGCUGUUGGAAUGCUGGGUCGAUAUCAAAGUAAUCCUGGAAUGGAUCACUGGAAGGCUGCAAAGAAAGUGUUGCAAUACUUACAAGGAACGAAAGAUCAUAUGCUCACUUAUAGAAGAUCUGAUCAUCUAGAUGUGAUUGGAUAUUCAAAUUCAGAUUAUGCUGGUUGUGUGGAUACAAGAAAAUCCACAUUUGGUUAUUUGUUUCUAUUAGCUGGAGGAGCAAUAUCAUGGAAGAGUGUGAAGCAGUCUGUUAUAGCUGCAUCCACUAUGGAAGCUGAGUUUGUGGCAUGCUUUGAAGCCACAGUCCAGGCUAAUUGGCUGCGGAAUUUUAUUUCAGGACUUGGACUAGUCGACAAUAUAGCCAGGCCGCUGAAAAUUUAUUGUAAUAAUACUGCCGCAGUUUUCUUCUUUAAGAACGAUAAGUAUUCGAAAGGUCCUAAGCAUAUGGAAUUGAAAUACUUUUCGGUUAAAGAAGAAGUCCAGAAACAUAAAGUGUCGAUUGAACAUAUUAACACUAAGCUUAUGAUUGCUGAUCCUUUGACGAAAGGAUUACCGCCCAAAAUAUUUGUUGAAUAUGUUGAAAGGAUGGGUCUUAUUGAUAGCAAUGAAUGA